AUGCCGAAGCAGAAACCACAUCUUGCUGCCAUUUACUGCCGUGUUUCUUCGAAAGCAAACAAAGACAGUGCAAGCGUGGGUCGUCAAAAGAAGGCCUGCCAAGAUGUAUGCUCCAAAAUGCAGUGGAAAGUCGUCAAGAAUGUGGCAGAGGUCGUCAGUGGAUCACUGCCGAAGGAUCAGCGGCAGACAUUUUGCAGCUUGCUGCAAACCUGUGCCAAGCGUGGCAUCAAGAACUUAGUGGUUGAGGGUGCUCGCACAAUAGCUCGCAGUGCAAAAACAUGUGAAGAAUUCUACGAGAUGAGCAAAAACUCUGGCAUCAAGAUCACAGCGGCAGACAUUCCCACAUUAUAUGAAGAUUCCGAAGGCAACGCCGCCAAGGCUUUCUUGCGUCAUGUACUAUUUGGCUAUGUGCAAUUAGAGCGUGAUAUGCUCGUCCAUCGAUUGCAGGAUGGGCUCAAAAAGAAGCGUCAUGAAGCUGAGGUCGCAGCUCGCAAGGGCGUUUCGGGCCUUGCCAGAUCACAGCAUGGAAAGGUCAAGAUCAAUGGUCGGCGCUCUAUCUUCGAGAACAAGAAAUGGAGCAAAAAGAAGAUUCAGAGCCAGCUUGGGAAUAUCUUCCGUCAGUAUGCCAAAGGAAAGAUCAGUCUGAGGCUUAUGGCCAGUGAGAUAUCUGCCAAGAUGAAGCUCCAAAAUAAGAUUGCACACGAGACUGCUCGCAGGAUGUUCCAAGCUUGGGGCCGUUGA